GGUAUACUCUGUAUAUGAUAUAAAGUGGAUUCGGAUUUCCUUCUUAAGAGGUUCAAUUAGAUAUGUGAUACAUACCCUAAUACGAAUCGAGUGCUCAUUUACAAAUUAUUUCAGAAAACUUUUCAAUUUGAGUCGGAUUAAAGUGAAUUUCUCGUAUUUCUUUUGAUAAAAGUUUCAAUUCGAUAUGUGGUACACUCAAAACGGAUAACGGGUACAUGAUAAAUUGAUUCGCGGAGUUCAAUCACUCAUUGACAUGGAUGGUUCCUAGUGGGAAUGCUCUUAUAAAUGAGAUCCUCUUUGAAGGAGUUAAGAUUGCAUAGUGGAAAUGUUCUCUUUACGCGCAAGGGUGCAAACCAAAGCCCGAAAUGAAAAAAAUGUGACUUACCGCUUACGUGCGCGACAUCUGCGAACACGAAUGCCGUCAGAAAAUUUAUCUUACACAGAUAAUGCAAUAUGCUUGUCAAAAUAUUUUGAAAAACAAAAUGAACACACAACGAGCUAUACUUACUACUAAAGUGUCCAAAAACAAAACUCGGACAAUCUUCCGAUAAAACUUGCUACUUUUUUGGUCAGCCGGCCAUCAUAUCUCGAGAAACUGCCGCUGCAACGUUUCUAACACAGUAAAAGACAGCGAAUUGAUUUUAUAGACUUUGUGUGUUGCACAAAUUGUGGGUGUUCCUUUGCACAUCCUUCAAGUUUUGGUGGUUCUUUUUCGAGUUCGUUUGCCUAUUUAACUUUUUUAUUUUUCGAAAAAGUAAACCAGUGGUUUUCUACAAUUGAAAAUAUAUAUGGUGAUUUACUUCUACCAUUCAUCUCAUCGCAUUGGAGACGCCAAAAGUCUGAUCAAGAGAUAUAUCCACAGCUAGCGUUUUCCUAAAUUUAGGAUCGGACGUGUCCACCGCUUGUAACCUCAAGCCAAACGUUACAUGCUUCCUCCGCCUUCCACGUACUUCUCACCGCUUCGAUCCCUCACGUCUAUCUGCCUAUAUAUACAAUGCUACACCCUUUCAUUUCUCCACUACAAUUCGAGCUACCACACUUCUUAAACCACCGUAAACCACCGCGCGCUCACUUUCCGGCGGUCAUGGCAUCGGACGGCAACCAAUUCCCUCCACAAAAGCAGGACUCUCAACCUGGCAGAGAACACCUCAUGAAUCCCACUCCUCGAUUCUCUUCUCAAGAUUAUAAGCCUUCCAACAGGCUUCAAGGAAAGAUCGCACUGGUGACUGGAGGAGAUUCGGGGAUCGGGCGAGCUGUUUGCCACUGCUUCGCAUUGGAGGGUGCGACGGUGGCAUUCACCUACGUGAAACCGCAGGAGGACAAGGAUGCCAGGGAUACCCUUGAGAUCUUAAAGCAGGCAUCCAAAGGUGGAAAAGAGCCUAUGGCAAUACCGACCGACUUGGGGUUCGAUGAGAACUGCAAGAAGGUCGUGGAUGCAGUGGUGAAUGCUUACGGGAGGAUCGAUAUUCUUGUCAACAAUGCAGCCGAGCAGUACAAGACCGGGUCGAUUGAGGAGAUUGAAGAAUCUAGGCUUUUGAGGGUUUUUAGGACUAAUAUCUUUUCACAUAUCUUUCUUACCAAGCAUGCUGUGAAGCACAUGAAGGAAGGGAGCUCAAUAAUAAACACAACCUCAGUGACAGCAUACAAAGGGAGUCCAAAGCUGCUUGAUUACUGCGCAACGAAGGGCGCAAUUGUGGCAUUCACCAGAGGGCUUGCUCUGCAGUUGGUGAACAAGGGGAUACGUGUGAACGCGGUUGCCCCUGGUCCAAUCUGGACACCGCUGAUUCCCGCUUCGUUCACCGAAUCUGAGUGUCAAAGCUUUGGUAAAGAAGUGCCAAUGCAGAGGGCGGGCCACCCCAUCGAGGUUGCUCCGUCUUAUGUUUUCCUCGCAUCCAGCCCGGAAUCCAGUUAUUUUACAGGCCAAGUCCUCCACCCCAAUGGAGGAACAAUUGUUAGUGGUUGAAGAAAAACCAAAGGGCAGUCACAAGGAGAGUGUUAAUAAGGGCGGCUAGCUUUUAUGUAAUUAUACUAUGUUAUUAUAUGUAUCGUGUAAUUAUAAUGUCUGUGUUGCGUUAAAGGAAGGGCUGCACUUCCUUUAUUUAGUUAUUGUGUCAGUUUGAGAGUGUGAAAUAUGUGAUGGUUUUUACUGUGUUGCCUAAUGUAAACCCUUGUUGAUCUAUAGAAAAUAACACACUAAUACACAG